UGACAGUGUUACUUUCACUUCCCCCAGGCGAACGCUGCGAGCCGAGCGCAGGUUUCUCAAUUCGGCAUAAAAUCACAUUUCUUGUAACACGGUUCUACGGAAAAGCCACGACAGAACUGAAGCUCUUUGAUCGCCAGAAUUAGCUGAGCAACAUGCGUGAGAAACGGGACUAGUCAGUGACCAUGUAACGGUCCCAGCCAAAGGGUGAAGUCUGGUCACACCCAGGAGAUUUUACAUUUCUCAGAAGACCCAACCAGAUCAAGUUACAGUGAAGAAGAUGAAGAUUCUCUCAUUCUGCCACAUCUCCAGAGCCUGCUUCCCUCUCCCUGGGUUUAUUAUUUUCUUCUUUACUUGUUAUGUUCACAGGAUGGAAUCAGCAAAGCUCACAGUGAUUGGACCCUCUGACCCUGUCACUGCCAUCCUGGGUCAGGAAACUGUAUUACCCUGUCACCUGUCCCCCAGCAUGAGUGCUGCAAACAUGGAGGUGAGAUGGUUUCGAUCUGAGUUUGAAUCCUUUGUGCACCUGUAUCGUGAUGGGAAGGAUUGGUUUGAUGGGCAGAGGCCAGAGUAUCAGGGAAGGACAGAGCUUUUGAAAGCCGGACUCACAGAUGGGAUUGUUCCCCUGAGGAUUCUCGAUAUCAGACGUGCUGAUGAAGGACUAUACCUCUGUUAUGUUCAAGAUGGUACUUUUUAUGGAGAAACUGUAUUGGAACUACGGGUAGCAGCUCUGGGCUCUGCUCCUCUUAUCUCUGUGGAGGGUCACCAAGAUGGAGGGAUCCGGGUGGUUUGUCAAUCAGCUGGUUGGUACCCAGAGCCUGAAGUGCUGUGGAAAGAUCGCAGUGGGCGACAUUUACCAUCACUCUCUGAAACAACAUCCCAAAGAGAUAAUGGCCUGUUUGAAACAGAAACUGCUCUCAUUGUAAUAGAACAUUCAAACCAAAACUUGUCGUGUUGCAUCAGGAACACCGUUCUCAAUCAAGAAAAGGAAUCAGCAGUUUAUAUAGCAGAUUCCUUUUUCCCCAGGGUGAAUCCCUGGAUGGUGGCUCUGAGUGUGAUCCUGGUGGUUUUAUUUGGUUUCAUUGGCCUCACUGUUUAUCUGUUUAAAAUAAAAGGCAAACGAGAUAUAGAAAUUGAGAAACGAGAUAACGAGAUAAGGUGGAGAAGAUCCAUGGCACCUAUAGAAGAAGCGAAUGUGACUCUGGAUCCAGACACGGCUCAUCCCCACCUCAUCCUGUCUGAGGAUCGGAAACGUGUGAGACGGGAAGACAGACGCCAGGAUCUGUCCGACAGCCCUAAGAGAUUUGACUGUUGGGCCUGUGUGCUGGGCUGUGAGGGAUUCACCUCGGGGAGACAUUGCUGGGAGGUGGAGGUGGAAAUGGGGGCUAGGGGAGGCUGGGCUGUGGGGGUGGCCAGAGAGUCUGUGAGGAGGAAGGAACAGAUCAGCCUUAGCCCUGAGGGGGGGAUCUGGGCUGUGGGGCUAUGGGAGGGUCAGUUCCAGGCUCUCACCUCCCCUGCGACCCCCCUGCCCCUGAGCAGGGCCCCCAGCAGGAUCCGGGUUUGUCUGGACUGUGACCGGGGGCAGGUGACAUUUAUCGAUGCUGGUGAUGAGGCCCCGAUCUUCACUUUCCCGCCGGGCUCCGUCCCUGGGGAGAGAAUCCGACCCUGGCUCUGGGUGGUGGGGGGAUCCCGGCUCAGACUGUGUCCCUGAGACACACAGCAGAGGGGGGAACUGGAAAUCAGCCUCUCUAGCCCCGUGGACCCCAGUCUCUAUGACCUUGGAGGACUCCUGUCUACCCAGAACCUGGCUCCUUAUCUCUAUGACCUGUGGAAGCACCUCC